CUCGCACACACCAACCAGCGAGCAGCAAUAACAGCAGAGCACCCGAACACACACCACACACACACACACUACCACACGCAUACGCAGACGCCUCAAUUGACUGCGUCAUCCACAAACACCACGAGCACAGACCAACGAGAAAGAAGAAACACCGACAGGCGAGCGACUUGGUUGGUGGAUUGGUUGGUUGGUGGUGGAUUGUCGCCGCAGGCCGUUUGACCGACCACCUACCUGCGUGCCUUGAAAUCGCCUUCUGCUGCACGAUUGACGGCCCACCAGGGAUGAUGGACGAAGACAUGAUGGGCGAUGGUGGUGAUGGCACGUUGGCUGGGCAGGAGCGCCUGACCAUGGCACAGCUGGCCACGUUUGAGCUGGAGGAGGAGGAGCACAGUGCAUUGGAGCUGGUGCAGCUUGCGCGCGUCCUCGACAGCCAGGGCCACGUUGAUGAGGCCGAGGAUUUGUUCCAGGCAGCCUUUGAGCGCCUGCAACAGAUUAGCGAGCAGUCUGCUGACCGCCGCGACGCCCUCGUGCCCACGCUGAACGAAGUGGAGAGUCGCCUCAAUGACAUCCACAACAUCCGCUUCGCGGAUCUGAGCGCGCAAGCAGCAGAGCUGCUCGUUGCUGGUGAAGAGGCCCAAGCUCUUGAGAACUAUGAGGAAGCCAAGGAGUGCUUCGUGGAGGCCGUCGACAUCUUCUUUGAACUCGAAGCACGGGCACAGAACAGGGAGGAGCGAACCCAGAUGUCCAUGAAGGCCAUGGAAGUCUGCAACAAGAUCGAGGAAGUGCGCGUCUACUGCGCUCCAGACACCGACGAAACGCAACCGGGAGAGCAUUUGAGCGUGAGCGACUUUGAACCACGCUCAAACUCAGUCCCAUCUGAACCAGACCAGCGCCACCGCCUCUCUUCCUUCAACAGCGCUCCAGGCGCAUCACUAAACCGCGCACAGGCUGGGCGCCGCUCACGCGUCUCAACCAUUAGCAGAGAACUCAACGAUGCUCUCAGCAGCACGCGACAUCAGCCGGACAAGCUUGUGGAGACGCAGCUCCAGGACCUCAACGAAGAGGACAAGCAGGCUGAACGCUCGUUGUCUGAUGCUGCCGGGGCGGAAUUCAGCUUCCGAGACAGCACAAGCCUCGUCAUCGAAGACUCGGACGCGCUGCAUCAGCUCUCAACGCCUGUCCGCCGCUCUCUCCUCGGCCUCUUCGCGCAGCGACUGGCGUGCCUGCAUGCAUCGUGUCCAUUGGAGCUCGUGUCGAUCCAGUCCAUGGAACUGGAGAUCAACCAGGCCUUGCAGCUUGGCCUUGGUGUCAGUCUGGGCAAGCUCGCAAAACUGCAAGAGCUCAGCCUCGUACACACGGGCAUCACAGCGAAAGGUGCGGAGUUGCUUGCUGAUGGAUUGAAGCAUUCCAAGUCGAUACUCACGCUCAACCUCGACUUUAACUCCCUCGGCGACGAAGGAGUGGAUGCGCUCUGCACACAUCUGCUCACAAAGGACCAGAAAUCCCUCAGGCAAUUGAGCUUGAAGAGCAAUGGAUUGUCCGAAGUCGGCGCGUUCUCGCUCUGCCACGCCCUUGACGUGUGCACAACGCUGUACAACCUUGACCUGCAAGGAAACAUGAUUGGCUGCGAGGCAGUCGAUGUCUUUACCUCACGCAAGGCCGCCCAGGUCGUGUACAUUGGACUGAAGCACGAGUCGCGAUCGCGCGGGUGUCAUAAGGAUCACCGCUCCUCCCGUCGUGUUCUCCUCCAACCGUUCGACCCGAAGACAUACCUUGACGUUGCUCGGCAUGACCACGCCCAUCACAAGAAGAGCAAGAAGAGCAUUUUGCGCCGUCGAACGCGUUCGCCUUCAAGGGAGGAGCGAACGCCCCGCACUCCUUCGAAACCAAAACGCUCAUCGUUCGAUUUCGUCAUUGGCCACACGCACAGCGCACCGCGCUCGCCACACACCCUGCCCAAGGUGACUGAGGAUGACACAAACGUGCUGUCGUACUUUGACGAUGCCGUCACCACGGAACAGAUGUACGACCACUACGUCUCCGUCUUUGACCGCGUCGACGAGCAGGUCACAGCACCCAACAUUCUGCUGGUGGGGCAGCGCGGCGUUGGGAAGACAUCGCUCAUCAACGCAAUCUUCGACUCGAAUGUGACCGGAAAACAGCAGCAGAUGGCCGAACCAGGCAGGCCCCUCGAGUAUCGGGAUGUGAAGAACCGGUUCAAGGUGUGGGACACGACGAGCCUCGAGUCGGAUCAUGGCAACCACCAGGACUGUGCGGCCGUGGAGGCGCUACUGCGUCGACAGAGCGUUGACAAAGAUCCGAACAAGCACGUGCACGCCCUCUGGUACAUUGUGAGCGCGCCCGUGUGGCAGCUGCUUGAUGACAUCUACCUUGCACACCUCUGCCACGUCGUUGCAUUCUACGGCAUACCCGUCGUCGUCAUCAUCAACAAGGCUGACACGAUCCCCCGACAGCGCUUGGCCAAGCUGAAGGAAGACAUCCUCGCCUCUGCCGCGGGCUCGAAGAUUGCGGGUGUGUUCACGGUCAUCAGCGAUCUCGAAGCACUGCAAUCGCACAUCACGCAGCAACUCAAAUCAGCGGGGUGCCCCGAUGUUGUGUUGCCGAUGAAAGUCCAGAAGAAGAUUCAGGAGGAGCUUGACUUUAAGCACAACAUUCAGGACGCAAUCGCACACGCCAUCAGCAGCCGCCGCCCGGCAGCCAGACACGCUGUGAUGGCAAUCCAACUAAUGUCGCUGCAGCGAAAGGAAUCGACAGCGUGUGAUGUCAUGCGCGCGCACCUGCAGUCGUACAACCGUUCCAUCCAACAAUCCCUCUUCAAGCAGAUGCGACGCGGAAAAAAGCGCCUGAGUCAAUUCAUCGGGAAACUGGCGCUGCGACAGCUUGGCCAGUGGGGCUUCGUGACGGAGCAGCGUGGCGAUGACGAAGCGGAUGUUUCUGCCGCUUUUGGGCAAACUAUCCUUGACUCGCUCGGCGAACACUUCCAGGCCCUCACAAGCCACGGAUCACAAGUUGAUGCAAGUCUGUUUGUCGCCAUCGGCGUCCUGUGGACGGUCACUCUCAAACUCCACCGCCAGCACUACCUGCGCCUGGCUGCUGACGACCAACCGCUCGACCGCCCCGUCAUGAGCGCCGUUGCCGCCGCCAUCGAAGACUUCAAGGCAAACGCGGUGCACUUGGAAGGAACGCAGAAGGUGACGGAGGAACUGCUGAUCAACCAAGAGCGAACGGAGCACACGAGUGCACAGCCACCGGCCAUCGCAACGCACAAGAUCCUGCGGGAAAUUGAAACGCUUGUGAGCGAUGGUGAUCCCAUGUGGAAAAGCGCCCGCCCGUCCACUGCAGAUUGCACCAAGACCAUUUCGACCGUCUGCGACGAAACCGUGCAGAUGAUCAUGCAGCCGUCAUCGCCACCAUCCGUUCGCGAUGCGUUCUUUGCGUCGUACGCCGCAUGCAACAAAUUCGACGCCACAGAGAUUGUCGAAUCAAUGGAGCGACUGUUUAUGGCGCACACGUACAGCGACAACGGUCACAGCCGCCACAUCUGCAGCAUUGUUGCAUCGUCAAUGGUGCAGUGGUUCGAGACACUCUUUGAUGUCGAUUUCGUCCUUCCAGACAGCUCUGAUGGCGAAGCGCUGGAACUUGAGUCCGAUUACAUUGCGCUGCUGACACUGCAGCAGGAGGGCGUCAGACUUGCGCCAGUGACGGCGCACGUUUGCGAGUUCAUUGAGAAGAUUGAGAAGACACCGUGCGGUCAACACGCAUCACACAUCCGGCAGGCGCUCGAGGCGAGCGCGAACAAGAUGGUUCAUGCGCUUCGCCUCCCACAAGCAGCAGCACUGCCCGAUAUGGACUACGACUUUGGCCUUAUGUUUGACGAGAGCGCUAUUGCCACCCACAUCUGCUAUCGCAACGCCUGCUUCUUCCGCAAGUUCAAGAUCAGAGAUUUCUUUGAUGCGCAGAGCGCGUGCCGCACACAGAUGAUUCACUUUGCAAACCAGGUGACCUACUGGGUUGUUGAGAACAUUGUGAGCCGCAGCAACACUGCUCAGCGCGCACAUCUGCUUGGAAAAUUCAUCCGUACCGCCCACCACCUCAUGAGCGAGCCGCUGCUGGAUUUUCAAGGAUUCAUGGCCGUCAUGACCGCUCUCCAGCUCUCACACGUGUCACGCCUGAAGCGCACGUGGAAGCGGCUCACCAAAGACCAGCCGUAUGUCGUGACGCUGUUCGAGAAGACUCUCACGCCUCUGGCUGAUCCGGGCAACGGCAUGUACAACACCAUCCUCGCCCGCAUCACAGCGCUUCCGGCUGGCUCGAGCGCUGUUCCAUUUCUCGGCUCUUUCAUGACUGCCAUUGAACGAUCAAAGACGUGCGCAAAGCGAAAGACGGGAGCCGACAAUCUCGAACAAGCAAAGAUUUUCGUUGAAACGACCAAGAGCAUCGACCGCACCGUCAGCUGCCUCAACGCCCUCAAGAGGGAGCGUGACUGGGAAGACUUUUUCCUGCUGCCCCAGUUUGUGAAAUUCGUGGAGGAAUCCCUGCCCACGCGUUUUGACCUGUCCUCAAACAAGGCGCGCAACCAGGUUGAAGAGGAACUAAACGCGCUGUCCUUGGAGAGCGAACCACGCGUACCGCACGUGGACGUGACAGACAACGACGCCAACACCAGCAGCGACAAGCCCGCAACCACCAGAGACAGCAACGAAGGCGACGAGGGAGGCAAGACGGACGACACAGACUCCGUUGAUGGCCUGGACAUGCAUGGGCUGACACCAAUUCGUCGCUCAUCGCGGCCAGCGUUUGUGGCGCGUCUGUCACUGGAGAAGCCGCCGCCAACGCCAACAACAGCGGCGGCGACCGGAUUUGCCACCACCUGCACCACGUUCACCUCCCCCACCCGGAACGGCGAAGGCAGCGAAGACGGAGCAAUUGGGGUACUUGGUCUAAGCAGCAGCAACGACAACAGCGACAACAGCGACACGGACGCAGACAGCACAACCGCAAACGCGCCAUUCAACGCCACCCCGGACUUCUUCAACACAAGCGCCAGCAGCAACAGCAGCGCGGGUGCGGGCAAACGAAGCGACGCACCAUCCACAUUGGCAGCAACGACGACAACGGCACCGACAGCGAGCAGCUCUCUUGCCAAUCGCCGUUCUGCUCCCCCGCUCAAGAUCAACGGUCUGAGCCCUGGCGUGAACAAGCUCCCACGCAUCUCCCCACCACACUCGCCCCAGCAGUCGAGCAAGGCGCGUCCAAAGCCAAGCCAGUUCCUUCGCCAGCAGCCACCGUCUGCCGGUGUUCCCCGACAGCGGAGCAGAAACAGAGAGGUCGGGCCAUCGCAGGAGUCAGACGUGUGAUGGGAGAGGCCGGGGUUGUUUGGUGUUUGUCUGUGUCUGUGUAUGUGUGUCUGUGUGCGUCAAAGUGCAUGUGUGUGUGUGUGUGUGUCUAUGUGCGUCAGUGUGCAUGUGUGUGUGUGUGCGCGCGUGUCUGUGUGGGACUGUUGUGCUGCUGACCCAUUGUAGAAACAGAAAUGUUAGAAAUGUUGAGUGAGUGAGAGAGAGAGCGAGAGAGAGAGAGAGAGAGAGAGUGUGUGUGUGUGUGUGUGUGCGUUGCUAAAUUGCUUUUUGUAAAGUGUUCAUUUGCAUUUGACUUGAUGAGUAAAACCAAAACCACAUGGAACAAAGCUCGUGGCAAAC